CGAACGAGGUAAAAGACGGAAGUUGUUUUUGCUACGCUGUUAUUGGGAAUAUCCCACCCUUCUACCACUCUUCAGACCUACGGAAUUAUUUCUCACAAUUCCUUGAAAGUGGGGGAUUCGAAUGUUUUCAUUUCAGGCACCGACCUGAGAUACAAAAGGAGAAAAACAAAGAUAAAUAUUCUGAGAAAAAAUUAACUGAAACUCAAUCUAAAAAUGAAAUUGCUGACACAAAUUCAGCACAGAAAAGUUUUGAUUUGACUCAGUUUUGCAAAGUUUGGACUUCUGAAAUUUCUGCGAAUACUACAGCAAGUAGAAAUACAAUGUGUUGUGUUGUGAAACUGACUCCUAUAAAUCGUCUAAAGCUUAUAUCAAUGUAUCACAGAAAGCACUGGUUGAAUCGGAAAGGAGAAUCUAUCCGUUCCUUAUGUCGCAUUGAUCCAGUUCAAUUACCUGACAAAGACACUAUUGCAGAUAAGUUUAAGACACGUCAUGAAAGUAAAACUAUUGCCAGUGAUAGAGAGACUUUUACACAAGCAGACCUAGAUGGUUUAAUAGAACUUAAACCACCAGACAUAAUGCCACAUGGCAAUGUUGGAACACCUACCCAAAUAUUUCUUGAUCUCAUAAAUAAAUGCUUACUCCCCCCAAUAGUGAUUAAAAAACUAGGAUUGACUUUCCCAAAGACUAGAACUAAUAAGAGAUAUGGGAAUGUUCCAUUUGACUAUGGGGGUGAUGUGGAAGAUACUUCACAAAAUGAUACAAUAGAAGAAGAUGUAAAAACUGCUCAGGGUCAUUUAAUCACCGGAGAAAAUGAAGAAAAAGAACAUGACAGAUUACUUAGUAAUAUGAGCAAAAGAGAAAGAGAAAAAUUGGAAAAGGAUGAAACAAAAAAGUUGAAAGCCAAAAAUAUAGAGGAGGAUAUGAUCCCAGAAUGCAACAGUUCAGGAGAGGAUGAUGACACAUGUGAAGAGUGGGAGCGACAUGAGGCAUUACAUGAUGACCCUUCUAACGCUGAGCGUAACAAGGAACGAUUGUUUGAAGAGAAGAUUGAACUGAAAUGGGAGAAAGGAGGAAGUGGUCUCGUAUUUUACACCGAUGCUCAAUAUUGGGCUAAGGAAGAGGGCGAUUUCGAUGAGCAGACAGCAGAUGAUUGGGAUGUAGACAUGAGUGUAUACUACGACCCUACUGGUGGAGACAAGGACGCAAGGGAUCACGUCACAAUGCGACGAGAAAAGAGACGUCGCGAAGGUCUACAAGAUGAGGAUGAAAGCGUCGGAAAAUUUGAACAGUUCACAAAGGGUGUUGGUCGUAAAGUGCUGGAGAAGCAAGGCUGGAGGGAGGGGGCUGGUCUAGGAGGUAGUAGAAUAGGUAUAUCUACAGCACUUGAAGGAGAAGGACAGAAACCAAGAGAUAAAUCUGGAUUAGGGUAUCAUGGUGAAAAACUGAGCAGGAAUGUCAAGAAAAAGAGGGCAGAAAGGGAUGUUAUCAUAUCAACCAGUUACGAUGAACCGAGAGACAAUGACCCUUUAGAGCCUCUUCUCAGGAGGUCAGAACCGUAUACACUGAAAUACAGGGACUCAGUGUUGUUUAAUAAAUCAACAGAUCCAACUUGAUGAUAAUAGAUAACUAGCUGUAUAUAGUGAAAUAAAGAUGUCGGUAGUAGUUUUGAUUGGG